AUGUUGUGCGCACACACACACACACACACACACACAGAGAGCUAACAUGAAUCUGUCAAAAUAGUGCAUACACACACACACACACACACACACGACUCUGCUUUAAUACCCUGUAUUAGAACUGUAAAAACAGCAGCGCAGACCGUGAAAUAAAUCGCUUAUAAAGGAAGAAGAGAAUCUUUUCGGGGUGCCCGGAUGAACUCUGGAGCUGCCCGGUUGGAACACUCGAGCCCGAUGGCUGCCAGCUGACCUUUGACCCUCGACCGCCAGGAUGAUGUCGGUCAGAGAGCGGCUUCGCCAGAACAUCUCGGCCGCCUUCUACCGGCAUGGCCUGCUCUGCGCCUCCUACCCAGUUCCCAUCAUCCUCUUUACCUCCGCAAGCAUCCUGGCCUGCUGUUACCCGCUGUUGAAGUUGCCCCUGCCGGGAACAGGUCCUGUAGAGUUCACCACUGGGGUGAAGGAUUACUCCGUCCCUUACCAUGAGGCCCAGAGUGACCUGGGCGAGCGUCCUGAUUGGUAUCACGGCGCUCCGGUCGCUUACAUCCAGCAGGUGCUAGUGAAGGCGGCCGUGUCUCCGUGGGACAGCAGCUUGGUGCCAGUGGACGUUUUCCGCUCGCCGCUCGGCCGAGUCUUCGGCCUCGUGGAGGAGAUUCGUGACCACGUUUACGCCGACAGAGGAUUGGAGACUCUGUGUCUCCAGGUGACUGACCUGUUGCCGGGGUUACGGCGCAUGCAGUCUGUGCUUCCCGAACAUGGCUGUCUGCUAGUUUCCCCUGGCAACUACUGGCAGAACCGGCAGGACGUGUUCGACUCGGAUCCGGACAUCCUUAAGACCAUCCAGCAGCACGAACCCAAAGGCCUGCACACAUCCGCCACACUGAAAGACCUGCUGUUCGGUGUCCCAGGGAAAAGCACAGGCGUGAGUCUGUACAGUAAAAAGCGAGUGGUCACGUACACCAUCACCAUCGCCUUCAGCAGUUAUGACUCCAGGUUUGUCGGCAGCCUGCGUGCCCGUCUGAAGCAGCUCCAUCCGUCGCUCAACUGCAGCCUGCGUGAGGAUCACAUGGUGCACGUUCACUUCAAAGAAGAGAUCGGCAUCGCUGAACUCAUCCCCCUCGUCACCACCUACAUCAUCCUCUUCGCCUACAUCUACUUCUCCACCCGGAAGAUCGACAUGGUGAAGUCUAAGUGGGGUUUGGCCUUGGCUGCCGUGGUAACAGUGCUAAGCUCUCUGCUCAUGUCUGUAGGACUCUGCACUCUGUUUGGCCUCACACCUACACUCAACGGAGGGGAGAUCUUUCCAUACCUCGUGGUGGUGAUUGGGAUCGAGAAUGUUCUGGUCCUCACCAAGUCUGUGGUGUCCACUCCGGUGGACCUGGAGGUCAAACUUCGAAUUGCUCAAGGUCUGAGCAGUGAGAGCUGGUCCAUCAUGAAGAACAUGGCCACUGAGCUGGUCAUCAUCUUGAUUGGAUACUUCACCUUAGUUCCUGCUAUUCAGGAGUUCUGUCUGUUCGCUGUGGUGGGUCUCGUCUCCGAUUUCUUCCUGCAGAUGUUCUUCUUCACCACUGUACUCUCCAUCGACAUUCGCCGCAUGGAGCUGGCUGAUCUGAAUAGGCGUCUUCCAGCCGAGGCAGGAAUGCCCCCUCCUAAACCUGCCCCCUUACGCCACAGAGAAGCCCCGCCCCCUCCCCGUCCCUCUCCCCACACCAUCACCCUUCAGGCCCCGGCGUUCAGGAACCUGCGCUUACCCAAAAGGCUCCGCGUGAUCUACUUCUUGGCACGGACUCGCCUGGCACAACGCAUUAUCAUGGUCGGCACUGUCAUCUGGAUCGGAAUCCUGGUGUACACCGAUCCUGCCGGUCUGAGGACGUACCUGGCCGCUCAGGUGUCUGAACAGAGCCCUUUAGGAGAAGCGGGACUUCCUCCUCACCUGGGCGUGGCUCCUGUGUUCCCAGGCAGGGAUCCGACUAGCACCCUGAGUGUCCUGUCUGUUCCGGAUCCUACCCCUGUGCCUGAGAACCAGUCACAGGGAGCAGAUGCCCCAGGUCCCAUCCCACUGGUCAGCCCCCAGAUUACGUGGGGCUCUGAGGAUGAGGAGGUGUGGAGGCGACUGUCAUUCCGUUACUGGCCCUCACUCUUCGGCUACUAUAACAUCACGCUGGCUAAGAGGUAUAUCAGCAUUCUGCCCGUCAUCCCUGUAACGCUGCACCUGAGCCCUCAGGAAGCUGUUGAGAUGCGACACCCUCAGGAUACCCAGCAUGCACCACGGGUCAACGCCAGAACCACGCAGCUCCAAACUGACCUCACGCUGUACAAGGUUGCUGCUCUGGGCCUCUUUGCUGGGGUUCUCCUGGUUCUCCUGCUCUUCUGUCUCUAUCGUGUUCUUUGUCCUCGUAACUACGGACAGAAUGGAGUCCAACAUGGUCGUCGUCGCCGUGGAGACCUACCCUGCGAUGAGUACGGCUACUCGCCGCCAGUCAGCGAGAUCUCGCCCCUGCUGCUGAGAGGCCAUAGCAUGGAUAUUGAAUGUUUAGCGAGUGAUGGUAUGCUGCUGGCCAGCUGCUGUUUAGCAGGACAGAUUCGCGUGUGGGACGCACAGACAGGGGACUGUCUCACUGUCAUACCUAAUAACGGUUUGAGGAGGAGCAGCAGUAGUGGAUGUUGGGAUCAGCGUGAUGGCUGGGAUCACUACGAUCCUGACUCCUCCCCCAGGGCGGAGUCUUGCACCACGUCCACACCCGUCAGCGAGUACGCAGUGCGCCGGAGGCCGACCCGCCCCGCCCUAUUUGUGGACCAGCCGGACCUCACGGCGCUCAUAGACACCAACUUCAGCGAGCUGCCGGCGUCACACAUGCCCUCAGACUGCGGGUUCGACUUCGGCGGCCUGGUGCAGAAGGCGUAUAAAGAACAUGCGGCACCUCCGGCAACAAUGCCCACACCGCUUCCCCCGACUCCGCCCACUCCUCCAGCCCCGCCCAUCGAGAGGCUGAGCAUGCCAUCCGGAGACUGGGAGAGCUCGGUGUGGUCCAUGGAGCUCAGGGGGAACCUGAUCGCUGCAGGGAGGAGCAACGGCAAACUGGAGUUGUGGGACGCUGUGGAGGGACUGCUGCGGUGCUGCAAUGAAGAUGGAUCAUCAGGAAUCACCGCACUGGCUUUCCUGAAUAAUAGGAUUGUUGCAGCACGUCUGAAUGGUUCUCUAGAUUUUUUCACUGUGGACAUCAACAAACCGCUGGGUUUACUGCAGCACCGAGGCCCCCCGAGUUGUAGUAGUCUGCCACCAUCACCCUGUUACAGCAGUGAUGAUGUCAUCAGCUGUCAGCUAACACGCUCGGUUCAGUGCGCUCAUCAGAAACCCAUCACUGUGCUCAAAGCUGCAGCAGGUCGAGUCGUCACUGGCAGCCAGGACCACACUGUCAGAGUGUAUCGUCUGGAAGAUUCCUGCUGCCUCUUCACCCUACAGGGUCACUCAGGUGGCAUCACCGCCAUUUACAUAGACCAGACUAUGGUCCUGGCCAGCGGAGGGCAGGACGGUGCCAUCUUCUUAUGGGACGUCCUGACAGGAAGUCGCGUGAGCCAUGUUUAUGGUCACCGUGGCGAUGUUACGUCACUGGUCUGCACUACUUCCUGUGUGAUCAGCAGCGGGUUGGAUGACCUCAUCUGCAUCUGGGACCGGAGCACCGGCAUCAAGCUUUACUCCAUACAGCAGGAAGUGGGCUGUGGCGCCAGUCUGGCUGUGAUCUCAGAGAGUUUAUUAGUGACCGGAGGUAACGGAUGCGUGUCCUUCUGGGACCUGAACUACGGGGACCUGCUGCAGACGGUGUAUCUGGGUCAGAACAGCGAGGGGCAGCAUGUGCGGCAGCUCCUCGUGCUCGAAAACGCCGCCAUUGUGUGUGACUUUGGCAGUGAGCUCAGCCUCGUCUACGUGCCCUCUGUACUGGAGAAGCUGGACUAAACACACACACACAGACAUUUAGAAGUAUGUGUGAUCUGAUGGACCGUUGUCUCUCCCUGCUUAGCCUGGAUUGAGAGUCUGGUUUUAUUCCUACUCUCUUCUGAAAUGAUAUACUUCCUGUUUCAUGGUGGAAAAGUAGGAAUCGAUGAUUUGGACAGAAAGUGUGUGUGCGUUCACGCGCAUGAGAGUGAGUGUUAAAGCUCUGGGGAUUUUAUUUUUAAAUAACUUGCCAGUAGUGAAACAAAACUAGGGCAUAAAAUCAGUGUGUGUUCGCGAGUUCCUGCUGUUUUCCUCUCUAAUGGAAGAGCUUUUUUAUAUUUUUUGCUAGAAAAAGACUAAAAAAUCAAAUUGCAGUGCAUUUUUACUCGCAGGGCGAACAUCGCUGCCUGAAAAAAGAGGUGUGUGUGUGUGUGUGUGUGUGUAGGAGGAUAUAGAAGUUUACAUGGAGAAUAACUGCUGAUUUUGUGUGUGUGUGUGUACAGGUGGUGUGUUGAGUGAAUGACGAGGAACACGUGUCAUUUUUUUAAUAUUUAAAAAAGAAAUCCAUUAUUUAUUAGUGAUAAAUUCUAACCAUUUGUACGAAAAUGCUAAGCUCCUAUAUUACUGUCAGAUCUUUACUGUAUAAAAAGCACUGACUAAUUGAAUCUUUAAUUAUAGAAUAUUCAUUUGGACAGUGAGGGUCUGAAUUUCUUUAAUUGUAAAAAAAAUUUUUAUUUCUGGACGGGAGAAAUGAGACAGUCCUACUACUGACUUUCUUCUAUGUUAGAGAUGGAAACCUCAGGCAUAUGAUACGAUUCCGAUUCUUAACACAAUGACCUGAUUUAUUUUUUUUCCCGAUCUUGCCUCAUCUGCUACAACAAAUUUUGAUCGAGUAGCCACUGGUGACUGACCGCUUAUUCACAAAUGACAGACAAUUCUGAUAAUAAUCAGUUUUAAGAUUUGAUCCACAUCAUCCGAACCUUCCAUGUUCCUACUACCACCUAAAAACUCGGAAUCCCCGCCCACUUUCCUUCACUUGUUAAGUUCAUUUUAAAGUUUCCUCUCUGUUUGUUUUGUUGUAGAAAUGCAGUCAGAGAUUAGGGAUGUGCUGAUGAUCAGUUACACACUGCAUCAUGAUAUAACAUUACCAGUGUGGCCUCUACAGGAGGAUUGAACCGGACCUUCUCGCCACAGUCCAGGUUUGAUUACGCUAAAGUGCAGGCUUAAUAUAGUCAUGGAAUAUAUACAUACGUGUGUGUGUGUGUAUAUAUACACGAUCAGGCAUAACAUUAUGACCACCUGCCUAAUGUUGGUCCACCUUUUGCUGCUGACACAGCCCUGACCUGUCCUGCACUGUGUAUUCUGACACCUUUCUAUCAGAACCAGCAUUAACUUCUUCAGCAGUUUGAGCAACAGUAGCUCAUCUGUUGGAUCGGAUCACACGGUCCAGCCAGUGAGUCUCGGCCGCCCAUGACCCGGUCACCACUGUUCCUUCCUUGGACCACUUUUGAUAAAUACUGACCACUGCAGACCAGGAACACCCCACAAGAGCUGCAGUUUUGGAGAUGCUCUGAUCCAGUGGUCUAUCAGUCUUAUCAGUUUUAAUCACUUCACCUCUCAGGGGUCAUAAUGUUCUGCCUGAUCGGUGUAUUUUCUAUGUGCACACUGGAGUAGAAUGUGUCCUGUGAUUGUUUCUUUGUUAUAUGAUGCACUUCUGAGGACACAGGUGAGAAAGGGAACAAGGGUUAGGGUUAGAUAGAUUAUUCUGUCUCGACUCUCAGCAGGAGACAGCACGCACGAGGACCAGGGAAAAACACGUCUGGGAAAGGAGUCAUCUGUUAGCAUGAUGAUGUGCUCGCAUGAUUGUCACUGUAUGACCAACUUUUUUUUGUUGUUUUUUGUUUUUUUAUUGAACGUUUUUUUGUUCCUUUUAUUUAUUCACUUUCUUCUCACCUCAACGUCUGCUCGUUAAAGCAGAUAAUCACAGAAGACUCCGGGAGAAAACGUUUCCAUUAUAAACACUACACGUCUAACUGACCUAAUCGAUAUAUAUUUUUUAAAGCCUCCUUUCAAAUUUUGACCGAAUUGUAAUUUUAGUCGUCGUUUUUAGUUCAGCAACAUGUACUGCACUGCACUCACACCCGCAAGUAGAAACGCACAAAACAGCACAGACUCGUUAACUUAUUAGCAAUACGAAUGUAAAUAUUAAGUUACUGCGUGGACAGAUUUAGGAUGUGUGUGUGUUUACUGUUUCCAAAUCUGUGAAGUUUGUUGGUAGAAAUGUGAAUUUGUUCAUUUUGUGUGUGUGUGUGUGUAUGUUUAGAUGAGUUCAGAUGAUUGUAGCGCAGGUCCCGGGGUUAUCACAGUGAUGAGCUCUGUGUGUAAGUCUAUGUCUCAGUAAGCAGGGUUAGGCUGAUUUUUGGAAGCUUUGCCAUGACCAAAAAAAUUCUAAAAUCAGCUAAAUUCUGCUCGCCUUGUAGUCGCUUUCUGGCAACCAGGAGAGAUUAGCGGUUAAAAAUGCUGACGAUUGAGGAAAAAAACCUCCCAAGUGUGAAAGCAGCCUUUAAGCAUGUUUAGUGUUUGAGCUUUAAUAAUUUAAUUUUAAAGGAUCAGUUCAAUGGGUUUGAUUAAUGCACCUUCCAUUCCAAGUUUGGGUUUAUCAAUCAAAAUAAUUCGUUUUUUUUUUCCUCACUAAAAACAGGAAUUUAGACCAAACUUGGGUCCGUUAAACUUAAGCAACAGCGGGAACAACUGUUAAAGUGAUCACAUCAUCGUUACAACCGUAACACAACUCAGAUUGUUCUGGUAUCUACAUGAUAUUGCCAAAAGUUUUGGGACACCCCUCCAAAUCAUUGAAUUCAGCUGUUAUUUUUCGGGGUUGGGCUCGGCCCCUUAGUUCCAGUGAAAGGAACUCUUAAUACUUCAGCUUCAUACCAAGACAUUUUGGACAAUUUCAUGCUUUGUGGGAACAGUUUGGGGAUGACCCCUUCCUGUUCCAACAUGGAUCAGGUAGAGGGAAGGACUCUGAACUUCCUUGACACCAAACUCACUCAUCCAUGUCUUUAUGGAGCUUGCUUUGUUCACUGGUGUGCAGUCAUGUUGGAACAGGAAGGGGUCAUCCCCAAACUGUUCCCACAAAGCAUGAAAUUGUCCAAAAUGUCUUGGUAUGAAGCUGAAGCAUUAAGAGUUCCUUUCACUGGAGUUAAGGGGCCGAGUCCAACCCCUGAAAUCAAUGUUUUUAAGGGGUGUCCCAAAACUUUUGGUAAUAUAGUGUAUUUGUGUGACGCAAGUUACACAAGUUGCUGUUAACCAAGUUGCUGUAAACAGAAGGCCAAUCAGAUGCCAUGCUUCAGCUUAUCUGAGGUACCAAAAAUAUAAACAUUGUGCUGGCUCCUUUGGAACUGCACUAGAAGAGGAAAAAUUUGUUUUUUCUGGUGCUCUAGGCUCUUUGUAUAGUGAAUAAAGACAUGCAGAUUAAUUAAAGCUGUUAAUUAAGGGUAGGUAAUGUUGAUGCAAGAAACAAUCUUCUGACCGACUAAACGUUUCUCAAACACGGCUUGUGGUGGGGCCUGGAAAUCUGGAAAAUCUUGGAAAAUUAAAGGUAAUUGGUGGGGGCAAUUGUUAAGUUAGAGCCAAGAUACUAGUAAGGUUCUCCAUCAGUUGCAUUAGACAGUCCCUUAGUUUCAGCUUCUAAUGAAUGUGAAAGCUCAAUGUGAACAGUCUGAAUUUUUCAAAAUCUUUUUUUCAUAGAAACUUCAGGAACCUUUCUCGAGGCAGGCUGAAUUCCAUUAAACUCAGCGGUCUCAUAUUGUCCAAAUCUUUUACUGUUCUACAAUUUUUGCCAUUCGUGGAAAACGAUGCUUAGAAACAUCCUUAAUAGGAUUAUGAAUCAAAAUGGUCCCAGAGAUUUGUAGGCCAGACUUGCAAAUGCUGGAAUGUUGCACCAUGUAUAUAAAGUAUGGAGAUUUCCAGGAGGCUAUAACUAAUACUCUGUUCUAUUUUUUAACAUUGGGUGGGAAAAGGUCUUUGUACUAAUUUGCAAAUAAAAAAGGUUUUUAUA